CGGUCGGCUCGCGGCCGCGGUCGGAGCAACGCGCGCGCGGGGAACGGCGAGUUCAGGGGUCACCAACCGUCGGUGAAGCCCGCGGACGCCUUUUUCUCCCGCUUACGGCCAGCGGCCGCUCGUUAAUCCGGCAACCGGGAAGGCCGGAGCGUGACAACACCGGUACCGGAGAACUGCUUGGAGGUGUCGGUGUCGAUGUCGGUGCUGUCUCAGGGUUGCUCCAUGCCGACUCGGAUCAAAGAGGAGCCCGAAGCAGAGGCAGAGGCGGGUGGAGAAGGGCAGGGGGAUAGGAGGAGAGAGAGUGCGCACGGACGUCACCUCUGCCCACUCUGCCCCAGGGCAUUCCGUUACCCCUCACAGCUCGCCCUGCACAGAUUCACUCACACCGGCGAAAGGCCCCACCUCUGCAUCGUCUGUGGCCGGGGUUUUGCCGCCCCCUCCAAACUGCGUGCCCACCAGGUCAUUCACACUGGCCUGCGGCCCUUCCGCUGUGGCCAAUGUGGCCGGGCCUUUUCCCGCUCCUCGGCCCUACUGCGUCAUCAACUCGUUCACACCCGCCAACGGCCCCACCCCUGCCCCCAGUGCGGCCGGGCUUUUGGCCAGCCCUCCCAUCUCAAGGCCCACUUGCGUACGCACGCCGGACCCUUCAUCUGUGCCCGGUGUGGCAAGAGCUUCCGCCGUUUCUCCACUGUGACAGCACACCGCUGCCGGCCCUCCCCAGACCCCCAGUGGGAGAUCAACUUCCCCAAAUUCAAGCUGCAGCCGUGUCUCUGCUCCCGGCUACAGACACAGGAGAUCCACACUCCCGAAUCCUGGCUGCAGCCCUUUCCCUGCUUCCCAACACAGUCACAGGAGAUUCACACUCCCAUAUCCUGGUCCCAGGAGAUCUACACUCAUGAUUCGCAGCCACAGGAGAUCCACAUCCCUGAAUCUCAGUUGCAAAUGCAGGGUCCCUGUCACCGUCCCUGCCUUUGCCUCCCUCCCCAGCCUCAACCCCAGUCCUCUGCCUCCAUCCUCCACCAUCAGUGCCCCCACUGCCCCCGGGCCUUCCGCUACCCCUCCCGGCUCUCUUUGCACCUGAGGGCCCACACUGGCGAGCGCCCCUUCCUGUGUGGGCAAUGCGGCAAGCGCUUUGCUGUCUCUUCUGCCUUGCUACGACAUCAGCUGGUGCACUCCGGCGAGCGCCCUCACCCCUGCCCCGAUUGCGGCCGAGCCUUCUCCCAGUCCUCCCACCUUAAGACCCACCGGCGCCUCCAUGCUGGGCCUCGCCCUCUACCCCUCCUCGCCCCCCAUCCCUGCCCGCACUGCGGCAAACAUUUCCGGUCAGCCAGUGGGCUUUCCCGCCACCUCCGCUCACACCGGCAGCCCCCCCACCCCCGCCCCGGGGCCUUCCGUUACUCCUCUCGUCCUCGGGCCCCACGCCGGUGUCCUCACCUCUGUCCCCUCUGCCCUAGGGCCUUCCGCUACCCCUCCCAGGCUGCCAAGCACCUACGGGCCCACACCGGCGAGCGGCCCUUUGCCUGUGCCCAAUGUGGCAAGCGUUUUGCUGCCUCCUCUGCUCUCGGCCGCCACCGACUGGUGCAUACCGGUGAGCGUCCCUAUGCCUGUCCUGAGUGCGGCAGGGCUUUCUCCCAAUCCUCUCACCUCAAGACUCACCAGCAAAGGGUACAUAGUGUGGAGCACAGGCAGAGAGAACCCCAGUGAGGGCUGAUGGGUGUGCUUCGAUCUCUUCCUGAUUCCCAGAGUCCGGGGAUGAGGUCUCCUUCCUUAAUCUCCCCUGCUCCCUACUCUAAAGAGAGGGGGGGUUGGGGGGGGAGCUGGUUCCAUUCCAUCCUGGUUCCUGCAGUGGUUUAAAGUAUGGCACACUGUCAAUCUCGGGGAGUGUUUGUCUGGGCUUUACUGCUCCGUUCCUGAGUAUGUACAUCUCACCAUACAGUGCAACACUCCCUCAUUACUGGGUAGAGUGUGCCUGGGGUUUAACACUCCAUUCCUGCAGAAUGUACAUCUCCCCAGACAGUGUGGUGCUGGCUUGGUACCAGGGAGUGUGUGUCUGGUUGUAGUACUCGAUUUCCUGAGUACGGCACUCCCUCACUACAGGGAAUUGGAGUGCAUUCCUACAUACACCUCCCCUAAUUUACCAUAUAUACAUGACUACAUGCUCUUGCAAACAUGGUUUCUUUAAGUGACAUGACUUAAGUUAAUGCAAUUAUUUGUAUUUGGGAAGUUAUACUACAACUGUACCACUGCUCAUUCGAAACAAACUUUCUCACAAAGAAGAGUACUGUUCUGUUUCUAUGAUGUUUGCAGAGGUGGGCGUCCCAGAAAUUGUCACCCCCUCCAACUGUGUGUAUGGGGGAGGAAAGGUGCUCCCUCAGUGCUGUCAGUGGAGAGGGAGUUUUAGAUUCAGGAAAGGAGGCAGUUUGGUGUUCCCCCUCUUCUUUGCCCACUUGCCCUCAUCUUCCCAGGGCAGUGGAGGUUGGAGGGUUUGGGGAGGUACGUGAGGAAAUAUGGGACGUUCUGUAGACAACACACACUAAGGUUACGGUGCACCGAUUGUGGAGGGAGAAUGCAUUCGGAGUGCUGAUAGGUGCCUUGUCCUGGAUGUUGCUGGGGCUUCUUGAGGGAUUGUUGGAUCCUCAUUCCAUCCAGGGAAGUGGGGAGUGUUCCCUCGAUGCUGUGUGCAUAGACUAACCCCAUUGAGGGAAGUGGGGAGUGUUCCCUCGAUGCUGUGUGCAUAGACUAACCCCAUUGAGGGAAGUAGGGCGUGUUCCCUCGAUGCUGUGUGCAUAGACUAACCCCAUUGAGGGAAGUGGGGAGUGUUCCCUCGAUGCUGUGUGCAUAGACUAACCCCAUUGAGGGAAGUGGGGCGUGUUCCCUCACUCUCCUGACCUGUAAAUAAUGGAAGGGUGAUAGGUCGGAUGCUGUGUGCAUAGACUAACCCCAUUGAGGGAAGUGGGGACUGUUCAGAAAAUCAAACUUCUGAAGACACAUAUAAUACCAAGUACCCCAGAUAGCUGGGCCAUUUCAUUAGAUGUUUAAGGAAAUUCUUCACCUUCCCCUGUAUAUUACCAAUGGAGAUGGAGAUUAAAGCCUUCUAAAGCCCCAUACAUAUUCCCAUCACAGCAAUAGGAAAAGACAAGAGGUGGAGCUUUCAGAAGAACUGAUUAUUAAAAGCCUGGUAGCAGUGGCAGGUGAGAGCAACAUCUAUACUAUUAAAUGAUUAAAGAACCUUGAAAUUUUCAAAAAGAUCGAGAAGUUCCGGAAUAAUG